GGUGAGCGGGAUUUCGUGCGAACUACGCGAUAUGAAGCUCACGUGUUUCAUUACGGUGUGCGCAUGUUUGUCAUCAACAGUAUCCACUGAGGAGAUCAAACAUUUAAAUAGGAUAAAAAAGAUUGCAAGUUUGCGAGAGGAAUUGGCCGUUAAAGAUGCUACGGAGAGAAGAGAGAUAAAUCCCACCCCUCAAAUUUACCCCGACAUAUUCCCCAAGUCGCGACAGUUUCAGCCGCAGACACGAAUCGACAAGCCCAUGAAAAACCACAAGUUUCAAUCUGGACCUCAACAACAACAACAACAACAACAACAACAACAACAACAACAACAACAUCGCUAUAAUCGCAGCCGCUCGAGAAAUCCGACAAAACAUGUCAAGACCCGCUCGAUCGUCGGAUCGUCGACGUACGAGUUGAGCGAUAAUCAUCUGGACUCGAUUCCCGAGAUAAUUCACGACGAGGGACCGAUUCGCAUCGAACCUGUGUUUCGCGUCACUAGGAAGAAGAAUGUCUUCGACUCCAUCGUUGACAUCCUACAUCAAUUGCUGGACCCUCCGAAGAACGAACCAGGUCCGCUCGUGCCCAUCCAGAUGCCCGGAUCCAAGCGCAAGAUCUAUUUGCGACUGAUAGAACCGCUUGAUUCGAGCAAGGUGAUGGUGCGCUUCGUCACGCAGUUAGCGGUUCCCGUGAUCGAUGCGGAGAAGCAAUAUAAUCCCUUCAUCCCGAUUCCUUCAGUCAUCGAUCCCAUCGCCACGCUUCUGAAUCAUGCUCAUCCCGUAACAAUACAUCCCGUAGUGUCAGGCGAUGCGUUGUACGCCUCCUCUUCUAAUCGCCAUCGCGUGGUUUAUCCGCCUCGAAACAUUAGCCAUGCUAAAGGAUUGCAGUCGACCAAACCACUGGCCAAGAACCCAUCGCAGAAUCCUCCGAAGGAUCAGGAAAACAAAGGGAGUUCCUCGCCCGCGGUAGUUUCGAACGCAACGAUAAUGUCGGAGAGUGAUAAGAAUCACUUGACGGACACGCGAAUAAAUCUUCAGAAUUACGAGCAACAAUUGUUGAGCGAAUCGGCAGCCUCGUACUAUCAGUAUCAAGCAGCGGGUGAGGAAGUCAUGAAUAAGGUGAAGGAGCUACUCAAGAAGGAAAAUGCAACGAUGCCGAUCGAGAGUGGAGAUGGUUUGAAGAGGCCUUCGGUGGAGCCUUGGUAUCAAUUAAGCACGCACCGUUUGCCUCUUCGGCAAGUCGCUCCGUAUCCGCACGCAUCGAUGGAACACGGUUCCGGUUCCAGUACCAGCUCUUACGUGGACACUUACAAGGCGCCGAGCGACGUUCUCACCGGUCCUAGUUCGUACUCGCACUCGUACGAGCAGCACAACGACGCUGUUAGCUCAGCUUCCGGAUUCUACCCAAGCUCUUACAGCGCUCCGAGUUCCUAUUCGGCCUCUUAUCACAAUCAGAACGAAUUCAACGGAGCUCCAAAUUCCUAUUCAUCUUCUUAUCAGAAUCAGAACGAGUUCAACGGAGCUCCGAGUUCCUAUUCGGGCUCUUAUCAGAAUCAGAACGAGUUCAACGGCGCUCCGAGUUCCUAUUCGUCCUCUUAUCAAAGUCAAAACGAGUUUAACAGCGCUCCGAGUUCCUACGCGACUUCUUACGGAAAGCAAAACGAUCUUUUCAACGCGCCAAGUGCCUAUUCGGGCUCUUAUGAGAGUCCGACUAACGUUCCAUUUUCGCCGAGCUCCUACGAGAAGCAAGCCGGUGUAGCUCAGACCGCUGCGAGUUCUAACAACGCGCUUCAAAUCAUAGAUCCACCAUCUUACUUACCCGGCUAUCGACCGGAGAAUCACGUCAAUCGAUCGUUCGAGCAUACGAUAACCGCGAUCCGACAGCCGCGUUACAACAACCUGCAUGAGACGGCGGGUUCGUCAAGUACGAGCGGCGAGUCAGCGUCCCAAGUGAUAUGGGGUAAGUCAAAGCGAGAGAAGAGCGAGUCGAGUUUCGAGAAGAGCGCGGAGAUCACCGGCGGGUUCGAUAACAAUCGCGAGAGAUGGCAACCGGUUGUAUUCGUGCACGAGAACGCGGAUUGGCAUGAGGCGUACGAGGCCGAGCUGGCGAAGAUCGCUGCGACGGAACGACAGCCACUCUUCGAAAAUCGACCCACGAGGAAACCCUCGCGAGGAGGCGUCGAUCAGUCACGUCGAAAUAGUAAACAUCGCGGCGGCUCGAUUGCUCGAGAUCCGAGAUGUUCGACCGCCUCGGGAAAACAGAACGGUUGCGAGCAAUCGAGAUCCACGAUCGUAUCGACGCCUCGUUCCGAGACUACCGUAAGGAUCGUUGAGAAGCAGAUGCAAUCAGCUGUCAAUAGUGAAUCGAUAACGGUGAAAUCGACAACGAGUAACACGAUCGAAACUUUGCAACCGAAUGCCACCGCGAAGAGUCCAACGGCGAACGCGACGGAGAGAUCAUUGCCGUUGAUAAUAACGACCGAGAGUCCUGAAUCGAUAAGCGGCAACGAGACGUCGAAAGGAUCGACGUUGUUGAUUAAAGUAAUCAAGAGCGAUAGCACGACGACGAAGAAACCGGCGCUGCUAAUCAAAGCGAUCGAGAACGUCUUGAUAAGCAGUAUGGCAGAGAGAUUAGUCGCGACCCAAGCAAGCAUAAUUAAACCAACUGUGAGUAAUGUAACGCAAUCGACGACACGCGAUACGAUUAAGAAAUCGAGCAGUACGAUCGAAAAAUUGAACGGUAUGAUCAAAAAAUCGAGCGAUAUGACCGAAAAAUCGAGCAGUACGACUGAAAAAUCGAGCAGUACGAUCGAAAAAUCGAGCAGUAAAUCGACCGAGAAAUCGUUGAUAAACGGCGCGACCAAGGUUUCUGUAUCGAGCAAUAAAGCGAGAAAACAAGAGGUACCCAAAAGGCCUAUGAUAAUGAAGAAAACGAUGCAUAUAAUGAAGAGACCGGAAUUGAAUAAUACUACGAGAAGGACGGUCACGACGCAGAAGCCGACAAUUAGUAGUACGACCAAGAGAACGACUGUCGCGAGAAAAUCAAAAUUUUCGAGAACGAUUUCGAAAACAAAGUCGAGCACCACUUGAUGCUUUAUUUAUAUUGAUAACGUGGUUCUCUUUCUUUAAGCACGAUCGACCCGCGUUCUUAUGCGUUUGCACGCGUUCGUUUAUAGCGAAUAACGACUGUAACUGUAUUUCCAAAACGAUUUUUGACUCUUUAUGUUUUAUGCAAAAAUCGUAAAGAUUGUCUGCACGCGUAUGUCCACAUGUCUACAUGUAUGAAUGUGUGUGUGUAUAUAUACAUAUGUGUGUCUAUAUUCUGCGUAGCAACUGAUCGAUUAAAAUAAUCUAUGCGAUGAAAAAUUAGAUAUCGGAUGCAUUUACGUUGCAAAAACAGCCUUUGUAUCCGAAAUGACGUUAAAUAUAGAUAUUAACUUAGAUAUAAAUUAGAUAUAUGUGAG